AUGGACGCCAGGAAGGCCUCGAAGAAGCGCAAGGCGGUUACUCGCGAUGUGGAGGAAGAAGCUGGUGUCUUUUCGGGAGAUGAGCUGGGUGCGGAAAAUCUGGAUGGAGCUCUCUCGGACAACAACAAUGACCUGUCGGAGAGCGAGGAAGAAGAUAGCGAUUCCGAAAUCGAGCUGAUUGACGACUUCAGCGACGAGGACGAUGAAGAUGAAUUGGACAGCGAUGAGAUCCCAUCGGAUGGCGAGGAUGAAAAGCCGAAAAAGUCUGCGGAAAUUACGCCUAACGGCACCGAGCCUAACUUCCGCGUCGUGAAGGACGCCAACGGAAACGAGCGCUACCUUUACGAUGAGAUCAACCCGGACGACAAUUCGGACUACUCGGAUGUCGAGGAGAAAGCCAACACCAUUGGCGACAUCCCGUUGUCAUUCUACGAUCAAUACCCUCACAUUGGCUACGACAUCAAUGGCAAGAAGAUUAUGCGUCCGGCGAAGGGCGAGGCUCUGGAUGCUCUCCUCGACAGCAUUGAGGUCCCUAAGGGCUGGACUGGUCUCACCGACCCUUCAACUGGCAAGCCAUUGCAGCUGAGCCAGGAGGAGCUGGAGCUGCUGAAGAAGGUCCAGAUGAAUGAGUCCACUGUCGAUGGCUACAACCCGUACGAGCCCUUGGUGGAAUCCUUCUCUAGCCAGCUGGAGAUCAUGCCCCUCAGUGCUGCCCCUGAACCGAAGCGCCGAUUCGUCCCAUCUAAGCAUGAGGCUAAGCGUGUGAUGAAGAUCGUCAAGGCGAUCCGCGAGGGCCGUAUUCUUCCUUAUCGUCCCCCGGAGGAGCGGGAAGAGAAGGAGGAAGCUCUCAUCAGCUACGAUCUGUGGGCCGAUGAGGUCGGGCGACCCGACCACAUUAUGCACAUUCCUGCGCCCAAAUUGCCGCCGCCCGGUUAUGAGGAGAGUUAUCACCCUCCUCCUGAGUAUCUUCCCGAUAAGAAGGAGCGCAAGGAGUGGGAACAGACCGAUCCCGAAGACCGCGAGCAUGAGUUCUUGCCCAAUGACUUCGGCUCUCUUCGCAAGGUUCCCGGAUACGAGAACUUCAUUAAGGAGAAGUUCGAGCGUUGUCUGGAUCUGUACCUUGCUCCUCGUGUGCGCCGGAGCAAGCUGAACAUCGACCCCGAGAGCCUGCUUCCCAAGCUGCCCAGCCCUGAGGAACUGAAGCCUUUCCCCACUACUUGUGCAACGGUGUUCCGCGGCCACAAGGGCCGUGUCCGUUCCCUGGCUGUGGACCCUACUGGAAUUUGGCUUGCAACUGGUGGUGACGAUGGAUCUGUUCGUGUGUGGGAACUUCUGACCGGCCGUCAGCUGUGGAGUGUUAAGCUUAGUGACGAGGAUGCGGUCAACGUGGUCCGCUGGCGGCCCGGCAAGGACGCCGUAAUUCUUGCCGCUGCUGCGGGUGACGACCUCUUCCUUACAGUGCCUCCGAUUGCCGACCCGGAGAUCGAGAAGGCCAGCUUAGACAUCAUCGAUGCUGGCUGGGGUUACGCCGCGUCUAACCCUCCGCCGAGCGCUGCGGAAGCAAACAAGAAGAACGUUCCACCACAGUGGAUCCGUCCUUCGUCCGAGCUCGCAGAUGCCGGUGUGUGCGUGCUCAUCCCUCUCCGCUACAUUCCGAAGUCGAUCUCGUGGCACCGCCGCGGUGACUACUUCGUCACGGUGUGCUCUGGUGCAUCGACCCCUGCCUCGGUGGCCAUCGCCAUCCACACUGUCUCCAAGCAUCUCACCCAGUAUCCCUUCCGCCGACGCCUCAAGGGCGGUGGUCCUCCUCAGACAGCCCACUUCCACCCCUCGAAACCGAUCCUGUUCGUGGCUAACCAACGCUCGAUCCGUGGCUACGAUCUCUCUCGGCAACUGCUGGUCAAGAUUGUCCAGCCUGGUGCCCGCUGGAUCUCUUCCUUCGACAUCCAUCCGACCUCGUCCUCUGCUUCGGGUGGUGACAACAUCAUUGUCGGAUCUUACGACCGCCGCCUCCUCUGGCACGAUCUGGAUCUGUCGCAGCGCCCCUACAAGACUCUGCGGUACCACCGCAAGGCUAUCCGUGCCGUCAAGUUCCACCCCGGUGGUCGCUACCCGCUGUUCGCUGACGCCAGUGACGAUGGCUCGCUGCAGAUCUUCCACGGCAGUGUUACGGGCGACAUGCUCAGCAACGCCAGCAUCGUCCCCCUCAAGGUUCUCAAGGGCCAUAAGAUUACCGGCGAGCUGGGUGUCCUCGAUAUUGAUUGGCACCCGCGUGAGGCUUGGGUUGUCAGUGCCGGUGCCGAUGGUACCUGUCGGUUGUGGAUGUAA